GGUCAUGACAGCUCUCGGCCUGGUGUGAAGCGAACUUAAUCAUGAGCUCACAGUUCGGGCGGCUCUUGACAUAUAUAAACCCUCGUCCAAAUGAGUGACAGAUGUCCUUUCUUCAUUUAUCUGUCGUCAUCAUGGUCAAAGAAAGUCGAGUUGAUGUGCUCAUCAUUGGGGCGGGUCCGGCUGGACUCAUGUGUGCUAACGCAUUAGCUGGCGCUGGGGUGGACUUCAGAAUCAUAGACAACAGGCCAGUUGGUGUGGCCGCUGGGCAAGCCGAUGGCAUACAGCCUAGAACGAUCGAAGUUCUUCAAAGUUAUGGUUUGGCAGAGCCUUUGUUGAAGGACGGUGCUCAGAUGCAUCUCUGCGCCUUUUACAACCCCGGUCCCAAUGGUGGCAUUGAACGCACUGGCCGGGCUGCCGACGUUACGGCUCCAACGGCCCGUUAUCCAUUUAAGAUCACGAUCGGACAAGCAGCAAUUGAAGCUCUGUUCGUCGAUUCUUUGAAGUCCCAAGGAGUAACAGUUGAUCGUCCGAUUGUACCCUCUUCCCUGGAGAUUACGCAAGACUCCGAAGAACUUCUGGACCCAUCAUCUUACCCCGUAAAGGUGGUCUUAGACCAUAUACUUUGUUCGGACACAGCUCCAGAACAGGAAAUUGUUCACGCAAAGUUCGUCGUUGGUGCGGACGGUGCGCACUCAUGGGUUCGAAAAACCCUGGGUAUUUCAAUGGAUGGGGAACAAACCGAUUACAUAUGGGGUGUGAUCGACUUCAUUCCAGAUACCGACUUCCCAGACAUUCGCAAUCGUUGCGCAAUCCACUCUAGUAACGGCUCAUGUAUGAUCAUACCUCGCGAAGGAGACAAAGUCCGGUUCUACCUGCAGAUGUCGGACAAAGACGUCAUGGAUCCUGAAACAGGGCGAGUCGACAAGUACAAGGCGAGCGCUGAGAAACUUAUUGAGGUUGCUAGCAAAACGUUCUAUCCGUAUACAGUCAACCAACCAAAGGAAGUGGACUGGUGUUCAAUUUACAUCAUUGGUCAACGUGUAGCCUCCAGGUUUUCUGCACAUGAGCGUGUCUUCAUUGCUGGUGACGCUUGUCACACCCACUCUCCAAAAGCAGGGCAGGGUAUGAAUGCGAGCAUGAACGACACCCAUAACCUUGCAUGGAAGCUAGCGCAAGUCCUACGGGGCAGGGCAGAUAUCUCCCUUUUGAAGACCUACGAGCUUGAGCGCCAGAAAUAUGCCCAAGAUCUCAUUGAUUUCGAUCGCGAGUUCUCUGCUCUAUUUUCGGGCAAACCGAGGACAUCAGACAACGAGGAGGGUGUCACCCAUGAACAAUUCUUGAGGGCUUUCCAGGCUUCUGGCGGCUUCAGCAGUGGCAUCGGUGUCCAUUACAUGUCUUCAGCAAUUGUCGAUACUACUCAUCAGGGCUGCGCGCCAGACAUCAUUAUUGGCCAGCGGAUGCUGCCGCAAAUGUUUGUUCGUGCAGCGGACGCUCGUCCUAUUGAGAUCCACGACAUACUCCCCGCGGACACCCGCUUCAAGCUUCUUCUUUUCGUCGGUCUUCUGACAUCGGAGCAGCUCACGAAGGUUCGCAGGCUCGCUGAAGAGUUGCAACUUCCCACAAGUUUCCUCCAAAAGUACGACUACCCUGCCCAAGGCAAGGCGCAGUCUAUGUUCGACGUCAUCUCGAUAACGGCGGGUCACAAGGAUGAUGUGAAUUUCCUUGACCUUCCUCCAAUGUUCAGGACACAUUGGUCUAAAGUCUUGAUUGAUGACACGGAUGUGACAGGCCGCUUGGGCGGUGGCGCGUAUCCGAGAUUCGGUAUUGAUGAGAAGGAAAUAACGAUGGUAGUUGUUCGGCCUGACGGUUAUGUUGGUAUGAUCGCACCAUCCACUGCACUAGAGAGCAUGGACAAGUACUUCGGUUCCUUCCUGAAAGGAAAAACCUUGAACCUGGAAGCGUAGCGCUGUAAUGUACGUCACGUUUCUUUUGACCACAUAUCUUAUAGCAUACAACUAUCGGUGGUGCACACCAUGAGUAGGAGACAGUAUGAGUGUAUGGAUACUCUCAGGUUGGAUCAUGACCAGGAUGUAUAUAUUCAUACUUAUGUAUUUAAUCCGACGUUACUUUCACGAUCACUGAAAUGCCUGCGAUCCUUAAGCUCUUGCCGUCCUGUAGUACUACCUGCCCCUUAAUUAAGAU